GCGGUUCCUUAACUUUCGCUUCUCACAAAUUAAACCAAAAUCACAAGCAAACAACAAUCUCUUCAAUUUCUUCGUCUUCUUCUUUAUCCAUAAUUUCAAUUCCGUACUCAGAAACCCUAGCAUUGUGUCGUCGCCAGCAACCGGAGGAGGCAGAGAUGGGAAACUUUCUGGACAAGGAGCCACCGCCGCCGAUGGUGCUCGUUCCGCCGCUAUUCGACUACCCUCCUCUCGCCGCCCGCACCAGGAUGUUGGAGUCGUCGUAUGACUUGUUGUUUGGGAAGCUUGCUUUGAAAUGUCUGUUUGACGAUUACUUUGAACAAGCUCGUCAUUUCAGCACAAUGAUCAUGUUGAAGCCCAUCGACGACCCUCACGUCGAUUUGAUUGCAACUGUUGCAGGACCGCUCGAUCACAAACCCGAGGAGAAUAUAAUUGGAAAUGCAUUUUUCCGCUGGCAAAGUGAUGUUGAUGAUCCUCACACAUUCAUGGACCUCUUCGUGUCAAAUGCUGAUCCGGUUUUGCAGAUGAGGGCCUGUGGUUACUACCCUAGAUAUGGAUUGGGAGCGUUUGGAAUUUUCCCAAUGUUGCUGAAAAAAAGAAUAACUUCUGAAGACUUUGGUGUUAUGGGAUUGAGAUAUGGCUCGUCAAACUUGUCAAUUGGCGCUACUGCCAUGCCCUUCUCCUUGAAAGAUGAUUGUCCAAGAAGGGCAUGGUUGGUGAGCAAGAUGGGAAGACUAACAGCUGGGGUGCAGUAUGAGCCGGAAUAUGGGAGUAAAGAUACUUACAACUACAAAAAUUUAAAGAAUUGGAGUGCUGCAAUCGGUUACGGAGUGGGAUCAAGCAGCCCUUUGAGUCCAUCAUUCAAUUUUGGUCUCGAGCUAUCAAGAAGUUCUCAGUUCAUCGCCUCAUUUUAUCAACACGUGGUGGUCCAAAGACGGGUGAAAAACCCCCUUGAAGAAAAUGAAGUAGUUGGAAUUACGAAUUAUAUCGAUUUUGGCUUUGAAUUGCAGACAAGGGUUGAUGAUAUCAAAUCAUCAAGUGAUGUACCAGAAUCAAACGAUGUACCAGAAUCAAGCAAUGUACCUAAAUCAACCAAUGGACCUAAUGUCCCAGAUUCCACCUUUCAAGUAGCUGCAUCUUGGCAAGCCAAUAAGAACUUCAUGCUUAAGGGAAAGGUGGGCCCUCUCAGCUCGUCGAUAGCAUUGGCAUUUAAGUCCUGGUGGAAACCUUCUUUCACAUUCAGCGUUUCAGCUACGAGAAAUCACGUUGUGGGGGAGACAGGUUACGGUUUUGGCCUUCGUGUGGAGAAUCUUAGACAAGCCAGUUAUCAAAGAGCUGAUCCAAAUUUCGUCAUGUUGACACCGAAUAAGGAGCACCUGGCCGAAGGCAUUGUUUGGAAAGUUGGAAAAAGACCGAUGCUACAGUCAGAUAUAAAUGCUGGAAAUUUCGACGGCAUUCCAAAGGAACUAAGACCCCUGGGGAAAAUCUUGUAACUCCUCAUCUUUCUGACCUUUUUCCCUUUCAAAAACUGAUCAAUGCUCAGAUGAGCAUUCAAAAGCGUCGAGUUUCAAGUUGAAGCUCGUCUGCCUUUUUCGUAGACUAGGCGGCUUUACGUUUUGUUGUCUUUGGGGGGUUAUAUAAAAUAGGAGGUUGGAUUCAUGCGUCUUGUGAAUAUGCAUGCUGCCUUUUUUUGAGGACUCCUAGGAGACUAAUCUAAUCAAUUGUUUUUAGUUCCAUAA